UUUUCGCUGGGAAAGAACAGGGCUCACAACGGAACUUUGCUGCGGGUGGUUUGUGUUCCCGUCCGGGUGGCCGGGUGAGCGGGCCGGGAGGGGGACGCUUUCUGGCGCGGACCGCGAGCGGAGGCUGAGAGCGCCGCCGCCGGAGAAGACCGACCCUCGGCCAGAACCAGCCCGCGGUGCCCGGGCCUGGCUGCCUGCUUCCCGCCUCAGCCGCUGCUCCGGCUCCCGCCGCCACAGAAACCGUCCAGGAGGGUGCGGCGGAACGCGAGGUCCUACGGCCCAGCCCGGUCCGGUGCGGCCCGGAUCCGUGGCACGGGAGGACCCUGCAGUGGACAUGAGUCGGUAAUGCCCACUGAGGACUUCUGGGAGCCAUGUCAGACGAAUCCGCCUCAGGGAGCGAUCCAGACCUGGACCCGGACGUGGAGCUGGAGGAUGCGGAAGAGGAGGAGGAGGAGGAGGAGGUGGCAGUGGAGGAGCAUGACAGGGAUGACGAGGAAGGCCUGCUGGAUGAUCCAUCCCUGGAAGGCAUGUGUGGCACUGAGCAUGCCCAGCUGGGGGAAGAUGGGCAGCGGCCGCCGCGGUGCACCUCAACUACCUCAUCUCAGUCUGAGCCUUCAGAGCAGCUUAGGCACCAAGGCAAGAUCCUAGCGUCCGAAGACCCCAAAAAGAAGAGAGCUCAGAAGCCCUCUCAUAUGAGAAGAAACAUACGAAAGCUACUCCGGGAGGAUCAGUUGGAGCCCGUUACCAAAGCAGCACAGCAGGAAGAGUUGGAAAGAAGAAAGCGCCUGGAGCAGCAGAGGAAAGAAUAUGCAGCACCCAUUCCUCCUGUCCCUUUGGGGCUCCUGCCUGAGGAAAUUGUCUUACGAGCAAGUGAUGGUCCCCAACUCUCUCCACGGGUCUUGGCCCAGGAAGUCAUUUGUUUGGACAGUAGCAGUGGCAGUGAGGAUGAAAAGAGCAGCCGAGAUGAGGUGAUUGAACUGAGUUCUGGAGAGGAGGACACUCUGCACAUUGUAGACAGCAGUGAGUCUGUCAGUGAGGAGGACGAGGAGGAGGAGAAGGGUGGCACUCAUGUGAAUGACACCUUAAACCAGCAUGAUGCUCUUGGGCGGGUCCUUGUCAACCUGAACCACCCUCCGGAGGAGGAGAAUGUCUUCCUGGCCCCACAGUUGGCUCGGGCUGUGAAACCUCAUCAGAUUGGUGGGAUCCGGUUCCUAUAUGAUAACCUAGUAGAGUCCUUAGAAAGGUUUAAGACCAGUAGUGGCUUUGGCUGUAUCCUGGCCCAUAGCAUGGGUCUGGGGAAAACUCUGCAAGUGAUCUCCUUCAUUGAUGUCCUCUUCCGCCACACGCCAGCCAAAACAGUCCUUGCCAUUGUGCCGGUGAACACUCUUCAGAAUUGGCUGGCAGAGUUCAACAUGUGGCUCCCACCUCCUGAAGCCCUCCCAGCCGACAGCAAGCCUGAAGAAAUCCAGCCACGGUUCUUUAAAGUUCAUAUCUUGAAUGAUGAGCAUAAGACAGUGGCAUCCCGUGCUAAAGUGACAGCUGAUUGGGUUUCAGAGGGUGGGGUGCUGCUGAUGGGGUAUGAAAUGUACAGACUGCUUACUCUGAAGAAGUCCUUUGCCGCAAGUAGACCGAAGAAAACCAAGAAACGUUCUCACCCAGUCAUCAUUGAUCUGGAUGAAGAAGAUCGACAGCAAGAGUUUCGGAGAGAGUUUGAGAAGGCCUUAUGCCGCCCUGGUCCUGAUGUGGUGAUCUGUGACGAGGGACACCGCAUCAAAAAUUGCCAAGCCAGCACCUCACAGGCUCUGAAGAACAUACGUUCUCGUCGGCGGGUGGUGCUGACUGGGUACCCUCUACAGAACAACCUCAUUGAGUACUGGUGCAUGGUGGACUUUGUGCGCCCAGAUUUCCUUGGUACUCGUCAGGAGUUCAGCAACAUGUUUGAACGCCCUAUCCUGAACGGGCAGUGUAUUGACAGCACACCUCAGGAUGUCCGCCUCAUGCGCUACCGGAGCCAUGUUUUGCACAGCCUCCUGGAGGGCUUUGUGCAGAGGAGAGGCCACACUGUGUUGAAGAUUCACCUCCCUGCCAAAGAAGAGAAUGUGAUCCUGGUGCGGCUUUCUCAGAUCCAGCGAGAUUUGUACACACAAUUCAUGGACCGUUUCCGGGACUGUGGUAGCAGUGGCUGGUUGGGCCUGAAUCCUCUGAAGGCUUUCUGUGUGUGCUGCAAGAUCUGGAACCAUCCUGAUGUGCUGUAUGAAGCCCUCCAGAAGGAAAACCUAGCCAAUGAGCAGGACCUAGAUGUGGAAGAGCUUGGCUCAGCAGGGACCAGUGCCCGCUGCCCACCCCAGGGCACAAAAGUCAAGGGAGAAGAUAGUACCUUGGCUUCCUCAAUGGGAGAAGCAACCAACAGCAAGUUCCUACAGGGAGUUGGCUUUAACCCUUUCCAGGAGCGAGGCAAUAAUAUUGUUACGUAUGAAUGGGCCAAGGAUCUUCUGAAUAAUUAUCAGACUGGAGUCUUGGAAAACUCUCCCAAGAUGGUACUUCUUUUCCACCUGAUUGAAGAAAGUGUGAAGCUUGGGGACAAGAUCCUUGUGUUUAGCCAGAGUCUUUCUACAUUGGCUCUCAUCGAGGAGUUCCUAGGGAAACGAGACAUUCCCUGUCUGCCUGGUGCUGAGGGCCAAGGAACACAGAAGUGGGUUCGAAAUGUCAGCUACUUCCGGCUAGAUGGUAGCACCCCUGCCUUUGAGAGGGAGCGGCUUAUUAAUCAGUUCAAUGAUCCCAGCAACCUCACCACCUGGCUGUUCCUUCUCUCUACAAGGGCCGGAUGCUUGGGUGUGAAUCUGAUUGGUGCCAAUCGAGUGGUGGUAUUUGAUGCUUCCUGGAACCCUUGCCAUGAUGCCCAGGCAGUAUGUCGGGUAUAUCGUUAUGGCCAGAAAAAGCCCUGUUACAUCUAUCGCCUUGUGGCUGAUUAUACUCUUGAAAAGAAGAUUUAUGACCGGCAGAUUUCCAAGCAGGGCAUGUCAGAUCGUGUAGUAGAUGAUCUAAAUCCAAUGCUGAACUUCACCCGGAAGGAAGUGGAAAACCUGUUGCACUUUGUUGAGAAGGAGCCAGCUCCCCAAACAUCUUUGGAUGUAAAGGGGAUUAAGGAAUCAGUCUUGCAGCUUGCCUGUCUGAAGUACCCUCACCUCAUCACCAAGGAGCCUUUUGAGCACGAGUCAUUGCUCCUCAACCGAAAGGAUCACAAGCUGACCAAAGCUGAGAAGAAAGCAGCAAAGAAAAGCUAUGAGGAGGACAAGCGCACAUCAGUGCCCUAUACCCGCCCAUCGUAUGCGCAGUAUUAUCCUGCCAGCGACCAGAGCCUGACCAGCAUCCCUGCCUUCAGUCAGAGGAACUGGCAGCCAACACUGAAGGGUGAUGAAAAGCCUGUGGCCAGUGUUCGUCCUGUACAGUCUACCCCCAUCCCCAUGAUGCCCCGGCAUGUCCCACUCGGCGGCAGUGUAAGCGCUGCCUCCAGCACAAAUCCAUCCAUGAAUUUCCCCAUCAACUACUUGCAGCGGGCAGGAGUCCUUGUGCAGAAAGUGGUCACUACGACAGAUAUUGUUAUUCCUGGACUCAACAGCUCCACAGAUGUUCAGGCGAGAAUCAAUGCUGGUGAGAGCAUCCAUAUCAUCCGGGGGACGAAAGGGACAUACAUCCGCACUAGUGAUGGCCGCAUCUUUGCUGUCCGGGCGACUGGCAAACCAAAGGCCCCUGAAGAUGGUCGGAUGGCUGCCUCAGUUACCUAUAUUUUAUCUCCAGGUUCCCAGGGGCCUUCUCUUGCAUCCACAAGCAAUGGCAGACACAGUGCCUCUUCACCCAAAGCCCCUGACCCCGAGGGGCUGGCCAGGCCCGUCUCUCCUGACAGCCCAGAAAUCAUCAGUGAACUCCAGCAGUAUGCAGACGUGGCCGCUGCUCGGGAAUCCCAUCAGAACUCCCCAAGCAUCAGUGCUGCCCUGCCUGGCCCCCCGGCCCAACUCAUGGACAGUAGCACCAUUCCUGGGACAGCUCUUGGAACUGAGCCAUGCCUUGGGGGUCAUUGCCUCAAUAGUUCUCUCUUGGUGACUGGCCAGCCCAGUGGUGGCAGGCACCCAGUGCUGGACUUAAGGGGCCACAAGCGAAAGUUGGCCACUCCAUCUGCCACCCAGGAGUCAGUCCGUCGGCGGUCUAGGAAGGGCCAUUUGCCAGCCCCCGUGCAGCCCUAUGAACACGGGUAUCCAGUCUCUGGCGGGUUUGCCAUGCCACCCGUCUCCUUAAAUCAUAACCUCACCACCCCUUUCACCUCCCAGGCUGGGGAGAAUUCCCUGUUUAUGGGCAGUAGCCCCUCCUACUACCAGCUGUCCAAUUUGCUGGCAGAUGCCCGCCUGGUGUUCCCAGUGACUACUGACCCUCUGGUGCCAGCAGGCCCUGUCAGUUCCUCUUCCACGGCUACCUCAGUCACUGCCAGCAACCCCUCCUUCAUGCUCAACCCCUCUGUGCCAGGGAUACUACCCAGCUAUUCACUCCCAUUCUCACAGCCACUCCUGUCCGAGCCGAGGAUGUUUGCGCCUUUUCCUUCCCCUGUCUUGCCCAGCAACCUUUCGAGGGGCAUGACUGUCUACCCAGGCUACCCAGGUAGACUGUCCCCACAUUCAGGCUACCCGGCUGGUGGCCUCCUCCGGUCCCAGGUGCCUCCAUUUGACUCCCAUGAGGUUGCGGAGGUGGGAUUCAGCUCCAAUGACGAUGAGGAUAAAGAUGAUGAUGUGAUAGAGGUCACUGGGAAAUAGCUAGGAAGCCCCUCCCCACCUCACUUGGGGCCCUAGCAGGUUGCCCACCAAACUGGAAGGCAGAGAACCUGGUCUUUCUCAAAAUAGGGUACUUGGCAGGAGGGAAAAGAAGACAAAGGAGGGUGAUUGGCCAUAAUGGCACACACUAUUGCUGUUUAUUAGAGGAAAAGGAAAAGAAACAAACAAAAGACCCCAGAAACUCCAACAGAGCCCGUAAUAGUGGGAAAUCAGGGACCGAAAACAGGAGGCCUGCCUCUUCCUUCCUGCCUUUCGUAUCUGUCUGCUUAUAUGCCCACCUGAGUGUAGACGCUCAAGCCCAUUCUGCCUAUGAGAAUAUCUUUCCCAAGAAGUCUGCCUUACUGACUUUCUUAGUUUGGCCAGGGGAAUGGGAGAAGAGUGAAGGAGAUGAGGGUGGGCAUGGGGCGCAGACUAAGAUCCCAUGUGAAGUGGUGUCUUUAUAUGAGAUUGGAAGGAAGCAGACUGGGCUGUGCGUGCGUGUGCGCGUGCGUGGGUGUGGGUGUGUGCGUGGUGUGUGUAUAUGUGUGUGUGUCUGUGAGAGAGCGCACAUGUAUGUAGCAGAACAAGAAUGAAGGUUGGGGGGGAGGUAAGAGGUAAACUAAAAAGAAUUUAUCUUUUUUGAAGUGUAAAUCAGAGUGGUGGUUUAUGGCUACUAAGUUGAACAUCAAAGUGAGUCCAGGAGAAGAGCCAUGAAAAUCACAGCUUCCUUCUAGUUAGGUUACGAGAAGGCCGAGCUAACUCAAGUCCCUAGUCCCACAUUUGUUUUUAACUUGCGGAAAUCAUGAGAAAGCGAGCAUUUUCAGUCUCUUAUCUUUCUACAGUGGCCAUCUCUGAACAGGCGUCCCUUUCUCCAUGGGCUAGAAGUGCGCUGCAGUAUGAGGGUGACGAAGUGUGUUGUGGCUAGAGAAGACAUGUUCCACCAGGACAGAACAAGGCCCUUAGGCUGCCUGUCCUGGUGGCCUUUCCUCUACUUUCCCUCCCCAUUAGAGAGCUCUACCUUAACUUAUUUCUUAUGGGCAAUUAUUUAUUAUUUCAUUUGGGGGCAGGGGUGGUGGGGGGAGGUUAUAAGGAAGAUAGGGGAUAGUGAAGGAAGUGCUAAGAUAUUCCAGACCUCCUAGCUGCUGGUUUAAAAAAAAAGAAGAAGAAGGGUCCCAGAUGGACAGUGAAUUAAUUGACCAGGGAAAGAAAAAAUUAGAAUUCACCAGGAACUAGACUAAAACAACUAUGUUGUGGGGUAGUGUCUUCUCAGGAAAAUCAGAGAGCACUGAGACUGCCUAGUUGCGGGUGCUGAGACUCAUUCCGUAGAAACUGACACUUGGGAUCAUGGACUUUGCUACUGGGAAGUGAGUAACCUCCACCUUUGGAACUAUUGUCCUCUGUGAUGCCAGUUCUCUGCUGAAUAGUGAAGCUGUGGAUAGGUAGCUGCUGGGUUGAGGUAAUAUCAUAUGAUCAGUGUGAGCCUGGUUUCUGGUGCCUCCAUCUUCUCUGAAAGAUCAUGGGGGAGCCCUUCCUCUGUAGGAGUCUUAAGUCUGGCUUUUGUUUUAAAAGAACACAAAUAUAUGAGUCAUUCUGGUCUCCCUCUCCUUGUUCCAAAUGCCAGGAUAGGGGUAUCUAGUGCUAAAACAUGAACACUGGCUAUUUUAUUGCUGUAUACUGUGUCUUGUAGCCAUUUGACCCCCAAAUUUUUCCACACAGUUCUUUCUGAUGAAUAGCUCCUGUCUGGCUUUACUUCCUUCCCUUGGGCUCCACCAUGAUUGGCCAACUGCUAGAUUUGACUCCUAGUUCAAGAAAUACCUUAACCUCCUGCUACUCUUGACUAGCAACUUCCAAUCGUUGGGGGGAAAGAAGGGAGCUUAAAGGCAGACACUGUGGGAUUGUCCUGAAGAGACAAGGUGAUAGAUGGCUGAUGGAGUGUGUGUACUGUCCAGAAACACCAAAAGUGGAACUUGAGCUUUUUUUUUCUUUCUCUGUUUUCAUAUUAACCCUGUCAGACACUUAACUCUUCUACUCAUAGAAGCCUUAGAUCUACAAUUUAGCUAUGCAAAUAACUUUAAGAACAUAAAAAUAGCAGUUCCAAUAGUCAAGACACUUAAUUGGAGUGGGCUCUUAGGUUGAGGCUGGUGCAGUAGAAGUGAGCUAGUCCAGAUCCUAUAAUUUACAGAACACCCUCAAAACUUGGGUUAUAUGGAUGCCUCUCACACCUUAGAACACUGAGCUCCCAGAGUUGUCUGUCUCCUGUGUGUGUGUAUGUAUCUGUAUGUGUUACAUGGAUGCCUCUCACACCUUGGAACACUGAGCUCCCAGAGUUGUCUGUCUCCUGUGUGUAUGUAUGUUAGAUGGUAUGUGUGUGUUACAUGGAUGCCUCUCAGACCUUAGAACACUGAGCUCCCAGAGUUGUGUGUCUGUAUGUAUGUCCUGUUAUCAAGGGAAAGGGGUGUUUUCUGUGUUUAUAUAUAUGAAAUUACUAGAAAUCAUUUCAGUAGGGAACUGAAACCAGUCAGUUUUUAAGCUGUCAGGAAGUAAAUGGGUAUUCUGAGAGGUAGCAUGUGUGUGCUUUAUACUCUGUCAUUCCAGAGCUUGGAAUUCACUUAAGCAUAGCAACAGCCAUAACUCUGAGCAGGUCUCUGGCUAAAGAAGGCUUUUGUGGUAAUGUGCAGCUUCUGUUGUGUAGGGUGGGAGUGAGAUCACGGGAGAUUGAACUGCUUAUUAGUUCCGUGGGCUUUGGCAUCCCUCCAUAUUCCCAAACAAACCUACAAAUGGGCUUUUCAGGAGGGCUAGUAGCGAAAUGUGUAUGCACACCAACCAGGAGUAUGUGAUGAGCAAAGCAGGAAACUUACCAAUUAUAUUCUACUUAGACUGGAAACACGUGGUGGUAGGUGGGUGUGCCAACUUACGCUUGUAAUCCUAGCCCUCACGGAGCUGAGGCAGGUUGGUAUGUACAUGGUGAGACCCUGGGGAAAGGCAAAGAUCUGGCUCACAUAUUUUUCUCUCGCUAUUUGUCUUUCAUAGAAUGUUUUUAAGGGUCUCUCAAGUCCAAUCACUGGGGUGUAUUCUAAACUCUUACUAUCUGGAACACUACUAAAUUACGCAAGAUGACACUGAAAAUACUUGAUUCCCUUUUCUUAGUCCUUUGUCCUCUGUAGGGAUGGAGUAGGAGUUAUUCAAGAAAGGAAGUAACCAUGUUAGGUCAGAUCCUUCUUGAUGGUUUAUCUCUGAAGUCCUCACCCCCUUGAGUUAUGCUACUUCAGUAUCUGGAUUGUUUUCUGGUUUAAAGAUAAUGUGUCUGGCCCUUGGAAUUCCUUUUCUAGGAAUUUAUGUGUGGAUUAUAUAUUUGUGACUUACAACUAAAAAUGAAGUUUCCUACUCUGGGAGCAUGGAGCAAAGAGCCGGGGUAUGUUUUGCUGAGGAGUUGAAACAAAACAUCCAUAUAGACGGGACUGCUGGUGCAGUCAGUAUCUUAGUCUGAUGUUCAUUGCUAUGCGACCGAGUCCUCACCUCUCAUGGCGGAAGGUUUGGUUUGGUUUGGUUUGGUUUGGUUUUGCGGGGGGGGGGGGGGGGGUUGGAGCUUUACAUUCCUUAUUCCUAGAUAGUCCACCUGCUUCCCACUCCCCUUUGGUUUCUACAUGACCAGUUCUUCUGAGCCAUGGCUUUCUGUGCAUUCAACUAGGUUGCUCUUUCCCCACUGUUCCUGCUGAAAGAAUUCGCCCUCUGCCAGAGGAUGACUUUCUAGCUCCUCUGCUGACUAGUUCCUGGGAAAUUGGCACCUUAAGGUCAAUCUGAAAAAUGCUGAGCUGCCCAUUGCUCACCUUCAGACUGUUUUCCUUUCCACUGACCGACUCUUCUGCCCCUGUGUAUUCAAAUUGCUGUAAUCCCUCAAUGUCUGUUCUGUGUCACUAGCUUGGCUCUAGGCCUUUUAUGAAUGUCGAGUCCUAUAAUGAUGAACUAAGCAGGCAGCAUCCACCCUCUUUGCUUUUCAGGGACCCAAGUCUGCGCCUUUCCCCUGCCACGAGCCUGUUUGCUUUAGUCAUCUAAUGUGCUGGGGAGAGAUAGCCAGGUGGGCUGCGUAAUCCUACAAUGUAGAGGGCUAAAGGAAGUUUGGGCACUCUCUGCAACCACUACUAGGAUGAUAUUCAGAUGAGAGGGGACCUCAUACUGUGACCUGACCCAGGACCCUCCCUGGAAGAGAGCUCAGCCCAGGUGUGUUUGAGUGAGUGUGUGUAUGUGUUUGCAUGUGUGUGCUCAUGUGCACUGUGGUGUAAAAUGACUGUUAUCUGGUUGUGUAACUCAGGCUGGGGACUCACCAGAAGAAUCCCUCAAGCCUGCCCAAAACAGGUUUUAUUUUCUUUGUACCCUCUUCAGAGGGAUCAGAGAGAGGGUCCAGGUGGGUUAAAGGGGUUGCAAUGGAUAACCACUAAGGCCACACUGCUGCCAGAGGAGUUGGGGGAGGGGGGAAGGGAGAUGAGGUUGCCCCAAGGCCCUGGUACCUGGCUUUAGUUUUCUGUCUUCUUUCCUCAGGACACCCCUGAGGCCUGGGACCUGUGCCUGGCUUAGAGGACCAUCUGCGGCUGGGUGUUCCAGCUGCUGGUGUGAUCAUGGGCUUCCCUCCUCUCUCAGCAGGGCAGGCACUUCUGCCCCAGAGACUGGGCAACUGGCUGUUUCUAUGACGUAUUUAUUUUUACUUGUGUUUCAUGUCACUUUUUUAAAAAAGCAAACAGAACAAUUGUAAGUCAGUAUAACUGCCUAUCAGUUUUCUUUAUUUCUCCUUUUGUAAAAUAAAAUUUAAACUGAA